AUGGCGACCCCGAAAACCACCGAGGAGGAAGCCGCGCAUCCGAACGAGAACGACGAGAAAAUAACGAACGCUUCGUGUUAUUGCGGUAAAAUUAAAAUGGAGAUUUUAGGUAAACCGAUAGCGGUUUCCAUAUGCCACUGCACGGUCUGCCGUAGACUGUCUGGAGGUGCCUUUAGUUUGCAGUCGUUGCACUCGCAAAAAAAUUUUACGUGCGCGGCGACGGAGAACGAUUUAUGGUCGAUUCAAUCCUCGCCAAACGUCACCCGGUAUAGAUGUAAAGAGUGUGGUAGUCCUGUGUAUGCUACUUUGGGGAAAGGGAAGACGUACGUCGUGCCUCGAAGCGCGUUGACGAACAUCGCCAAGGACGACCAGAGUUUCAAACCCACGCAUCACAUGCAUUAUAAACAACGAUGUAUAGAUAUAGAAGACGAGCUACCAAAAUUUGUGGGGACGAGUGCCCCAGGACGAGCGGAAAUUUGGAAUCCAUCUUUAGAUUAG